AUGAGCAGCAAAGCAAACAGGGAGCCAACCCCUGAAAAUGAGACAUUGCUACAGGCUUUCGAGUGGCACGUCCCUGGUGGCCAAACUCAUUGGCAUCGACUUCGAAACGCCCUUGCUGGGUUAAAAGCGGUGGGAAUAAGUGCAAUUUGGUUGCCUCCAGGCUGUAAAGCUGGGUGCCCUGACAGCGUCGGUUACGAUAUCUAUGAUCUCUACGACAUUGGCGAAUUUGACCAGAAGGGGGCAAGAGCUACUAAAUGGGGAACAAGGGAAGAGCUGAUGCAGCUGAUGGAUGAGGCCACCAAGUUGGACGUAAAAGUCUAUUGGGAUGCUGUUUUGAAUCAUAAAGCUGCUGCUGACCGCACUGAGAGAUGCCCAGUUGUUGAAGUGGAUCCCAAUGACAGAAAUAGGGAAUUAACCGCGCCAUUUGAGAUCGAAGCCUGGCUGGCGUUUGACUUUUUGGGUCGCAAGAAUAAAUAUAGCUCACAGAAGUAUAAUUGGAAGCAUUUCAGCGGAACCGAUUACAAUGCGGAAAACCACAGACAAGCUAUCUAUCGGAUAUACGGAGAAAAUAAGCAGUGGUCGCAGGCUGUCGGUGAUGAGCACGGAAAUGCGGACUAUCUUCUCUUUGCAGAUCUCGACUAUGCGGACCCUGAAGUCCGAAAGGAUGUCAAGAGAUGGGGAGAAUGGAUAGUAAAGGAGACCGGCGUUCAGGGUUUUCGAUUUGACGCAGUGCAGCACUUUUCGCAGGAUUUUAUGAAUGAGUUCCUUGGGCACUUGGAUCGCACUGUUGGGCAUGGCUUGUUCUCAGUAGGAGAGUAUUGGCACGGUGAUGUCGAAGUUUUGACGCGAUAUCUCGAUAAGAUGGAACACCCAUACUCGGUGUUUGACGUCGCACUCUUCUAUAACUUCUCAAAAAUGACCAAAAAUGGUGAUCUUUUGAGUGUACUCCAGAACAGCCUGGUCGAAAGGCGACCAGCUAAUGCAGUAACAAUCGUCGGGAAUCACGAUACUCAAAAGGGCCAAACAAUGGAAGCGGCGGUAGAGCCGUUUUUCAAAACCCUUGCUUAUUGUCUAAUACUGUUGCGCCAAGAUGGCUACCCGUGCCCCUUUUAUGGGGACUUAUAUGGAACGAAAGGCCCGUACGCGGAGGGGCCAAGUUGCGGCGGAAGACUGGCCGACAUCAUCCUUGCCCGAAAACUCUAUGCUUAUGGGACACAAGAUGAUUAUUUUGACGCACGCACGUGUGUAGGGUGGGUAAGGAGAGGAUCCUGGGAUAGACCGGAUGGGCUGGCUUGUGUGAUGAGUACCGCUGGUUCUGCAAAAAAGCGCAUGUACGUUGGCAAGUCCCACAAAGGCGAGCUUUGGACGGAUAUCCUUGGUUGGACACCUUUCAAAGUCAUCAUCGAUAAUAAGGGUUAUGGUAUGUUUGCUUGCAACGGAGCCUCUGUCUCUAUCUGGGUGAACUCGGCCGCAAAGGGUCGAGAGCAGUUUGGAUCUUUUGAUGCCAACAUUUAUAAUGAGUGA